UAUAUAUGGUCAAUUUGCUGUAUGGCAGAAAUUGACACAACACUGAAAAUCAAUUAUAUGUUAAAAAAGGAAAAAGGAUCCCCAAGUGUAGGUAAUGUAACAUAGUGCUAGGAACAAAGACUCUGGGACCAGGUGACUUAGGUGUGCCUCUCAGCUCUCUUUCUCCCCCUCACCCCCUCUCUCGCUUUCUCUCUGUGACUUUGGAUGAGUUUUUUAGCCUCAGUUUCCACAUCUGCAAAAUGGAGAUAAUAAAAGUACAUUCUUCAUAGAGCUGUUGUAAGGCUUAAAUGUUGUAAUACAUACAUAGGGAUUGCACAGCGCCUGGCACAUAAGAACUGUAUCUAUUUCAAGUUAUUAGCAUUUUCAGUCACUUCCCUGAGGUCACAAGUGAAACUCAAUUAAAUGAUGACUGGGUGGACAGAUGUUGGACUUAAUUGGAGCUAGUUAAGAACAUAGUUCUCAAAAUCAUGUCAGUGGUUUAUAAAGGAGUGUCUAAAGUUCUUCCCUGGGCCCCAUGUUUGAACUAACACACCAACACAUCCAAAAGGACAUGGGAGAGGAUUACAAACAAAUCCAUCAUUUGCAUGUCCAGGUUUAGAACUAAGAAUUCUAAAAUAAACAAAUGGAAUAGAUUUGGAAAUGAUGCAUCAGCUACUUCCUCUUGUGACAUGAAUUGUGGGAGCUAUCCCAGAUCUGCCCAUCAAAUGCUAGGGAGACUUUUUUCUCCAGACAACAAAGAAGAGAAACGACUCAGGAUGAUCAAAACCAGCAGUCCCCCAGAAAAUGAAUUAUCAUCUCACAUCAUUUUAAUUUUAAUCAUUGUAAGCGCUGAAUGCAUCAUUGGUAUCAUUGCAAAUGGGUUCAUUGCAGCUAUAAAUACAGCGGAAUGGAUUCAGAAUAAGGAAAUUUCCACAAAUGGCAAGAUCCUGCUUUUCCUGAGUGUGUCCAGAAUAGCUCUACAAAGCUUCAUGAUGCUAGAAAUUAACUUCAGUUCAACAUCCCCAAGCUUUUAUAACCAAGACACUGUGUAUGAUACAUUCAAAGGAGGUUUCAUGUUCUUCAAUUACUGUGGCCUCUGGUUUGCUGCCUGGCUCGGCUUCUUCUACUUUGUGAAGAUUGCUGAUUUCUCCCACCCCCUUUUCCUUAAGCUGAAGUGGAGAAUUUCUGGAUUGAUGCCCUGGUUUCUGUGGUUGUCAGUGUUUAUUUCCUUGGGCCAUAGUGGACUCUUCCUCAAAAACGUCUACACUGUGCAUUGUAACAAUUCUUCUGCUAUCCCCUCCUUCAACUCCACGAAGAAAAAUUACUUCACUGAAACCAAUGUGACCAACCUGGUUCUUGUCUUUAACACGGGGAUCAUCAUCCCUCUGAGCAUGUUCAUCCUCGCAGCCACUCUGCUGAUCAUCUCUCUCAAGAGACACACCCAGCACAUGGAGAGCAAUACCACUGGCUCCAGGGACCCCAGCAUGGAGGCUCACAUGGGGGCCAUCAAAGCCAUCAGCUACUUUCUCAUUCUCUACAUUUUCAAUGCUGUCGCUCUUCUUCUCUAUAUGUCCAACGUCUUUGACAUCAACAGUUUCUGGAAUGUUUUAUGCAAAGUCAUCCUGGCUACCUACCCUGCUGGCCACUCCAUCCUACUGAUUCGGGACAACCCUGGGUUGAGAAGAGCUUGGAAGCGGCUUCAGGCUCGAGUUCAUCUUUAUUUAAAAGAGUAG